AUGUCGAAUACGUAUGAUGUCGGCACCAAGGCCUGGCAGCCCGACUCGACCGAGGGCUGGGUCGCCUCGGAGGUCACCGCGAAACAGGUCGAUGGAGAGAAGGUGACUCUGGUUUUUGCCUUGGCAAAUGGCGAGGGCCGCACGGUUGAGACCACGCAGGCCGCCUUCCAGGCCGACUCGAUGAGCUCCACCCUUCCGCCUCUGAUGAACCCGGCCAUGCUCGAAGCCAGUGACGACUUGACGAACCUCUCACAUCUUAACGAACCGGCUGUGCUGCACGCCAUCAAGCUACGAUAUGCGCAAAAGGAAAUCUACACCUACUCGGGUUUGGUCCUGAUCGCGACCAACCCCUUCGCACGUGUCGACUCCCUCUAUGUCCCGGGAAUGGUUCAGGUAUACACUGGCAAGCCACGUGCCUCGCAGGCACCGCAUUUGUUCGCAAUCGCUGAAGAGGCUUUCGAUGACAUGUUGCGGAAUGGCAAGAACCAGACCAUCGUCGUCUCUGGUGAAUCCGGUGCCGGUAAGACAGUCAGUGCCAAGUACAUCAUGCGCUUCUUUGCAACCCGCGAGCCGCCGGAUCAGCCAAACGCGCGACCGCGAGGUCGUGUCGACACCAUGAGCGAGACCGAAGAGCGGAUUCUCGCAACCAACCCGGUCAUGGAAGCCUUCGGUAACGCAAAGACGACUCGAAACGACAACUCCUCGCGUUUCGGCAAAUACAUCGAGAUCAUGUUCAACGAGAACACCGACAUCAACGGCGCUCGGAUACGGACAUACCUGCUGGAACGCUCACGAUUGGUCUUCCAGCCACUCAAGGAGCGGAACUACCACAUUUUCUACCAGCUCGUUGCCGGUGCCGACGAUGCCAUGCGGACCGAACUCGGUCUCAUCCCGGUCGAGCACUUCGAUUACUUGAAUCAGGGAGGCUCGCCCGUGAUCGCCGGUGUCGACGAUGCCAAGGACUUUGCAGAGACGCGUUCCUCGCUUGCACGUUUGGGAGUCGCGAAUGAGAUGCAAACGGGCAUCUGGCGGAUCUUGGCUGCUCUGCUGCAGAUCGGUAACAUCAAGAUCGCGGCUUCGCGUAACGAAUCACAAUUGGCGGCUUCAGAACCGGCGGUCGUCAAGGCUUGUGAGUUGCUCGGCAUCGACGCAGCGGAGUUUUCAAAGUGGACCGUCAAGAAGCAGCUCGUCACUCGCGGAGAGAAGAUCGUCUCCAACCUCACUCCCCAACAGGCCACGGUUGUGCGAGAUUCCGUCGCAAAGUACAUCUACUCUUCAUUGUUCGACUGGCUUGUCGAGACCAUGAAUGCUUUCCUUGCAUCCGAAGAGGUUUUACAGCAGGUUCAAUCGUUCAUCGGUGUACUGGAUAUCUACGGUUUCGAACAUUUUGCCAAGAACAGCUUCGAGCAGUUUUGUAUCAAUUACGCCAACGAGAAGUUGCAGCAGGAAUUCAACCAGCACGUCUUCAAGCUUGAGCAGGAGGAAUACUUGCGUGAGGAGAUCGAUUGGAAGUUUAUCGAUUUCAGCGACAAUCAGCCGUGUAUCGAUCUCAUCGAAGGCAAGUUGGGUGUCCUCGCGCUCUUGGACGAGGAAUCUCGAUUGCCCAUGGGCACGGACGAGAGCUUCGUGAACAAGUUACACCACAACUACGCCAACGACAAGCACAAGUUCUACAAGAAGCCUCGAUUCGGCAAGAGCUCCUUCACCGUCUGCCAUUACGCCGUGGAUGUCACGUACGAAAGCGACGGUUUCAUCGAGAAGAAUCGCGACACUGUGCCUGACGAGCAGCUCGAGGUGCUGAAGAACAGCUCAAACACCUUCUUGGGAGAGGUUCUGGAGGCGAGCGCACUCGUCCGGGAACGGGACACCACCGCCAUGGCACCAAAGGCUAACGGCGCGCCGAAGCGGAGUGGACCCAGUUCUGGACGCAAGCCCACCCUUGGAGGCAUCUUCAAGAGCUCGCUCAUUGAGCUGAUGCACACCAUCGCUUCGACAGAACCUCACUACAUUCGUUGUAUCAAACCGAACGAGGGCAAAGAGGCAUGGAAAUUCGAGGGACCCAUGGUUCUGAGCCAACUUCGUGCUUGCGGUGUCCUCGAAACCGUCCGUAUCAGCUGUGCUGGUUACCCUACACGAUGGACCUACGAGGAAUUCGCCAUCCGCUACUACAUGCUUAUCCACUCCACACAGUGGACCGCUGCCAUUCGGGAUAUGGCCAAUGCCAUCCUGAAGAAAGCACUCGGCGAGCACAAGGCAGACGGAACUGACAAAUAUCAGCUUGGUCUGACGAAGAUCUUCUUCCGUGCUGGUAUGCUCGCCUUCCUCGAAGAUCUGCGCACCAACCGCCUGAGCGAUGCGGCGAUCAUGAUCCAAAAGAACCUCCGCGCGAAAUACUGGCGUCGGCGGUAUCUUGAAGCCCUCAACAGCAUCCGGACUUUUCAGGCCCUCUCCCGCGCGACCAUGGCCAGGAAAAGGGCAGACGAAGCUCGACGACAGCGAAGCGCCACGACCAUCCAGCGCGUCUGGCGCGGACAGAAAGAACGCAAAAGGUUCCUACAGUUCCGCAACGAUUUCAUCCGCUUUGAAGCGGCGGCCAAGGGCUGGAUUUGCCGAAAGAUGAUCCUCGACAAGCGAUACUCCGAUGCCGCCCGCGUCAUCCAGCGCUCGUGGCGAUCACACCAGAGCAUGCGGACCUGGCGCGACAAGCGCCGCAAGGUCGUCCUCAUCCAGAGCUUGUGGCGUGGUAAGACCGCGCGUCGCGGCUACAAGACUCUCCGUGAGGAGGCCCGUGAUCUUAAGCAGAUCUCGUACAAACUUGAGAACAAGGUCGUGGAGCUCACCCAGAGCUUGGGAACCAUGCGGAACGAGAACAAGACGCUCAAGGGCCAGGUGCAGAACUACGAGAACCAGCUCAAGAGCUGGAGAGAACGCCACACUGCUUUGGAGAGCCGUACAAACGACUUGCAGCGCGAGGCCAACCAGGCUGGUAUCACCGCCGCUAAGCUCGACCAGAUGGAGGCCGAGAUGACUCGUCUCCGUGCUACAUAUGACGAGAGCACCGCCAGCAUGCGUCGUCUGCAGGAGGAGGAGAAGGCCCUCCGCGAGAGCUUGCGGGUCACAAACCAGGAGCUCGAAGUCACACGACAGAGCAAGACUGUCAGCGAGACCGAGAAGCUCAGCCUUCGUCAACAGCUAGCCGACCUCCAGGAUCAGCUUGAGCUUGCCAAGCGUGCUGCACCCCUCAACGACAUGACCAACAGCGUUGGCAUCAACACUCUGGGUGGCCAAGCUUCAGGUCUGAUCAACUUGGUCGCAUCCAAGAGGCCGAAGCGUCGCAGCGCUGGCCCUGAGCAGAUCAACCAAGACCGCUUCAGCGGUGCGUUCAACCCUCGGCCUGUGUCCAUGGCCUUUGGCGCGAUGAACACUGCUCACGCCUCUACCUUGUCAGGCUCGACGUUCAACCCUGGUCUCGAGAAUGUCGAGAUGGAGCUUGAGAACCUCCUCGCGGACGAGGAUGGCCUCAACGAUGAAGUCACCAUGGGUCUCAUCCGCAACCUCAAGAUCCCCUCGCCAGCUUCAACUCCCCCACCAACGGACAAGGAGGUUCUCUUCCCGGCGUACCUCAUCAACCUCGUCACCAGCGAGAUGUGGAACAACGGUUUCGUCAAGGAGUCCGAGCGCUUCCUUGCUAACGUCAUGCAAUCCAUCCAGCAGGAGGUCAUGCAGCACGAUGGAGAAGAGGCCGUCAACCCCGGUGCCUUCUGGCUGUCGAACGUCCACGAGAUGCUCUCCUUCGUCUUCCUGGCCGAGGAUUGGUACGAGGCGCAGAAGACGGACAACUUCGAGUACGACCGCCUGCUCGAGAUCGUCAAGCACGAUCUCGAGAGCUUGGAGUUCAACAUCUACCACACCUGGAUGAAGGUCCUCAAGAAGAAGCUGCACAAGAUGAUCGUCCCCGCCAUCAUCGAAUCGCAGUCUCUCCCUGGCUUCGUCACCAACGAGUCUAACCGCUUCCUUGGCAAGCUCCUGCAGACCUCCAACGCGCCCGCCUUCAGCAUGGACAACCUCCUCUCGCUGCUGAACAACGUGUUUAAGGCGAUGAAGGCCUACUACCUCGAGGACACCAUCAUUGUCCAGACCGUCACCGAGCUCCUCCGCUUGGUCGGCGUCACCGCCUUCAACGACCUGCUCAUGCGCCGAAACUUCCUCUCGUGGAAGCGCGGUCUGCAGAUCAACUACAACAUCACCCGCAUCGAGGAGUGGUGCAAGUCCCACGAUAUGCCGGAGGGCACCUUGCAGCUCGAGCAUCUCAUGCAAGCCACGAAGCUGCUCCAGUUGAAGAAGGCUACGCUCAACGACAUAGAAAUUAUCCAGGACAUCUGCUGGAUGCUCUCCCCCAACCAGAUCCAGAAACUCCUCAACCAAUACCUCGUGGCGGACUACGAACAACCCAUCAACGGCGAAAUCAUGAAAGCCGUCGCGUCGCGCGUCACCGACCCCAAAUCCGACGUCCUCCUCCUCCAGGCCGUCGACAUGGAAGACUCCGGGCCCUACGAAAUCGCCGAGCCCCGCAUCAUCACCGCCCUCGAGACCUACACCCCCUCAUGGCUCCAGACCCCGCGCCUGAAACGCCUCGCCGAGAUCGUCAGCGCCCAGGCUCAACCUACUGGCCUGGGCUUUGUCAACGGCAAGGGCGAGGAGAGCCUGGACGUCUUCGAGGGCCAGUGGCCCGCGGUUCCUAAUGGUAAUGGCCGGAAUGGCUACUCGAGAGAUGUCGUCAGCGACGAGGAAGACGACGAGUGA